AUGAGCAGACAAGUCUGCAAGACACCCGGUGGCGGGAACCAGGGCUUCCCUGUCUGCCCCGCUGUGGUCUCCGGCAGCAGCAGAACGAGCUGUGUGGCUUGCUCUGGGGGAGCCGGCGGAGGGGCCUGUGGGUUCCGAGGCGGAGCAGGAGGCUUUGGCAGUCGCAGCCUCUACACUGGUGGCAACAAGAGCAUCUCCAUCAGCGUGGCUGGUGGCUCCCGGGCUGGGGGCUUUGGGGGCGGGCGCAGCAGCUGUGUCAGUGGCUUUGGGGGUGUCUAUGGAGGUGGCCUCAGUGGUGGCAGAGGAAUGGGAGGUGGUUUUGGAGGAGCUGGUGGCUUUGGUGGAGUUGGUGGCUUUGGCCCGGGUGGCUUCCCUGGGGGACUCCAGGAAGUGACGGUCAACCAGAGCCUCCUGCAGCCCCUCAAUGUGGAGAUCGACCCCCAGAUUGGGCAAGUAGAGGCCCAGGAGCGAGAGCAGAUCAAGACCCUCAACAACAAGUUUGCCUCCUUCACUGACAAGGUGCAGUUCCCGGAGCAGCAGAACAAGGUCCUGGAGACCAAGUGGGACUCGCUGCAGCAGCAGGGCACACGUUCCAUCACAGGCACCAACAAACUCGAGCCCCUUUUUGAGAACUACAUCAACUCCCUGCGGAGCUACCUGGACGGCAUCCUGGGGGAGAGAGGCUGCCUGGAUUCAGAGCUGAGGAACAUGCAGGACCUGGUGGAGGACUUCAAGAAGAAGUCUGAGGAUGAGGUCAAUAAGCCUACAGCUGCUGAGAAUGAAUUUGUGAUCCUGAAGAAGAACGUGGACACUGCCUACAUGAACAAGGUGGAGCUUCAGGCCAAGGUGGAUGCCUUAAUGAAUGAGAUCAAUUUCUUGACGACACUCUAUGAUAUGGAAUUGUCCCAGAUGCAUAGCCACGUCAGCGACAUGUCCGUGGUUCUCUCCAUGGACAACCACCGCUGCCUGGACCUGGACAGCAUCAUUGCCGAGGUCAAGGCCCAGUACGAGGCCAUCGCCCAGAGGAGGAAGGCCGAGGUCGAGGCCCUGUACCAGACCAAGUUGGGCGAGUUGCAGACCACGGCCGGCAGGCAUGGGGAUGACCUGAAGAGCACCAACAGUGAGAUCUCAGAGCUCAACUGGAUGAUCCAGAGGCUGCGGGUUGAGAUCCAGAAUGUCAAGAAACAGAACGCUAAACUGCAGACGGCUAUUGCCGAAGCUGAGCAGUGUGGGGAGAUGGCCCUCAAGGAUGCCAAUGCCAAACUCCAAGAGCUGCAGGCUGCCCUAGAGCAGGCCAAGGAUGACCUGGCCUGGCUGCUGCGCGACUACCAGGAGCUGAUGAACGUCAAGCUGGCCCUGGACGUGGAGAUCGCCACCUACAGGAAGCUGCUGGAGGGCCAGGAGUACAGGAUGUCUGGAGAGUGCCAGAGUGCUGUCAGCAUCUCUGUGGUCAGCAGCAGCAACACGACCUCGGCCUCAGCGGGGGGUUUCGGAGGCAGAUACAGCGGUGGCAGCGGAUUUGGCUCCAGCUCCGGGGGUCGCUUCGGAGUCAGUGGGGGAGGCUUCAGCUCAGGCAGCAACCGUGGUGGCAGUGUCAAGGUCUCCCAGUCCUCCCAGCGCAGCUCCAGAUAA